CGGGAGAGCACGCAGCCUGCCAAGUCGAAGGGAAUCUGCAGAGGUCAGGCCAGAAGGCACAGGGCUGUCUUCCCUCCUGGGGGCUCCUGGUAGGGUCCACUGACUUCCCCAAGACUGGAGGAUAAUGGUUGUGAAACAUUCCUCACACAGUUUUGGUUCAGGAUUGAAAGCUCAGUGAGCAGCUGGGGCCGGGCCCUGAGGGGUGUUUCCACAGCAGCCUGUCUGCUCAGGGUUUUCUGUUUCUGCAGGGCUCCCAUCCAGGACCUCUGGGCCACACAUGGUCAGUCCCACUGCACAGACCAGGGAGACCCAGAAACUCAGAGAGGCUGAGGCUCAGAGAGGGCUGGCUGCUGGCAGGAUGGACACCUGGGACAUGGGGGCCAGCUCGCCCCCGCCUCUGGCGCCCAACAUCAGCGUGCCGCACCGCUGCCUGCUGCUGCUCUACGAGGACAUUGGCACCUCGCGGGUCCGGUACUGGGACCUCCUGCUGCUUAUCCCCAAUGUGCUGUUUUUCGUUUUCCUGCUCUGGAAGCUUCCAUUUGCUCGGGCCAAGAUUCGAGUCACCUCCAGCCCCAUCUUUAUCACCUUUUAUAUCCUGGUGUUCGUGGUGGCGCUGGUGGGCAUUGCCCGGGCGGUGGUGUCCAUGACAGUCAGCACAUCAGACGCGGCGACGGUGGCUGACAAGAUCCUGUGGGAGAUCACGCGCUUCUUCCUGCUGGCCAUCGAGCUGAGCGUGGUCAUCCUGGGCCUGGCCUUCGGGCACCUGGAGAGCAAGUCCAGCAUCAAGCGGGUGCUGGCCAUCACCACGGUGCUGUCGCUGGCCUACUCCGUCACCCAGGGCACGCUGGAGAUCCUGUACCCCGACGCCCACCUGUCGGCCGAGGACUUCAACAUUUACGGGCACGGGGGCCGCCAGUUCUGGCUCGUCAGCUCCUGUUUCUUCUUCCUGGUCUACUCCCUGGUGGUUGUGCUCCCCAAGACCCCGCUGAAGGAGCGCAUCUCCCUGCCGUCGCGCAGGAGCUUCUACGUGUACGCGGGCAUACUGGCGCUGCUCAACCUGGUGCAGGGGCUGGGGAGUGCGCUGCUGUGUGCAGACAUCAUUGAGGGGCUCUGCUGCGUGGACGCCACCACCUUCCUCUACUUCAGCUUCUUCGCGCCCCUCAUCUACGUGGCCUUCCUGCGCGGCUUCUUCGGCUCAGAGCCCAAGAUUCUCUUCUCCUACAAAUGCCAAGUGGACGAGACUGAGGAGCCGGACAUGCACUUGCCCCAGCCCUACGCGGUGGCCCGGAGGGAGGGCCCGGAGGCGGCCGGGGCGGCCAGCACUCAGUUCGACUCGGCCGGGGUGGCCUACCUGGACGACGUGGCCUCCCUGCCCUGCCACAGCGGCAGCAUCAACAGCUUGGACAGUGAGCGCUGGAGGGCCAUCAACGCCUGACGCAGCCGCCCCGGACGCCGGACCGCGUGGGACUGGCUGUGGGGGGCGGGGGGCAGAGAGACCCAGCGGAGCGGACGAGGGGCCCUGCCCACUCUCCUUCCCCACCUCUGUUCAGCCGGGGCCACUCCCCCUCCCAGCUCCCCCGCCCCAAUCAGGGACUUGGCCCUGACCGUGUGUCCCAGGGCCGGCUGGCCGCCACCUCCCUGCAGCCUGGGCCCCAGAACUGGACUGGCCUCCUCGCCUCCCACCCCUGCCCCAGAGCCCGUGCCAACGGAUGGGCCGAAGUGUGUCUAUUUUCCUGAUCUGUUUUCUAAUAAAAAGGACCAGGGCGGAA